GCAAGUUUCACGCAGGAAUACUCGGCUUAUGUUGCGCUCAGCAGCGAUGGGACACAUCGCACACUAUGUCAUCGAUCAAACAGCCAUCAAAACAACGCAAGCACGUCACGACUGCCUGUAUACCAUGCCGGGAGAGUAAGGUCAAGUGCAAUGGAGCGACACCGUCAUGUUCGUACUGCCUGAACAAAGGAAGAGUUUGCCAUUACCAGGUCGGCGGAGAUAAACGGAAACUCUCUCUUCGGUUCGCUGUCGAGCUUCUCACCGAUCGAGUCGGUCAAUUAUCACAAUAUAUUCUCGAUAAUGGUCUUCCAAUCCCCUCCGCGCCGCAAGAGAAUGACUUGGCACUAAGAAAUGCCCUGGAAUCUAUCGGCCUGGGCCAUUUGAAAUUGACGCCAGAACAACUUGACCUACCCAUUUCACAGCAGCUCCAACAUUUCAAUGCAGAAACGAUAGUAGCUACAAAUGACUACGUGAAUUCCGGAUUAGGAUCGGUGGACCUGCAGUCAUUUCAUCUCCCCGAUAUAGAUAGAGAUGGCCAACUCCAAACCUCGGUCAGUCCAUCUCUUCCUGGAGGCUCCGACGAAUUUUAUCUUCCACAAUUUGGCGACGAUUCUGUGGGAGCAAAUGGCCAAUUUCCACUGGAAUCCAGUGAGGUACUCCAAAACGACCUCUUUCUCGAUAAACUCUGGAACUUUGUUAGUGAUGAUAGCAUGUCUGUGAUUCAGUCGAAGUCCUCUAAUACGACAAUACCACCGAUGUUUAUGGAUCAACUACCACGCUCUGAGGUGCGACAAGAACAGGGCGAAAUAAAUGAGACUAAUGGGGAAGUUGAAGAAAUUGAAGAGCUUGUAAACCAGCUAUCAGAGAGAAUGGGCAGUUUGCAGGUUGGGUCUGACGGCCGAGUUCGGUUUUACGGCCCUACUUCUCAUUUUAACUUAUUGAAAAUGCCGGCACCCGAUAACCUAACAGUUCAUCGGACGGUUCGAAAAGAUGGAUUAAACGUCCUUGGCCGCCUGGGAAUCGAUAAGGAGGUACCGCAGGAGUUGGAAGAUCAUCUAAUCAAUCUCUUUUUCACAUGGCAUAACCCUUCGUUUUACGUUGUCGAUAGGGAUAUGUACAUCCGGGCGAGAAAGAAAUGGCGUAUUGACAUGGAGGAUUCGCCAUACUAUUCCGAAGCACUGACUAAUGCCAUGUGCUGCUUGGGAGCCGCCUUCGUGCCUCGCUACCAUCCCGAUUUUGUCACAUACCCAAAAUCCGUUUCCGAUUUCUUCGCCGACAGAGCCAAGGCGUUGCUUGAUAUUGAACUUGACCUACCUUGUGUGGCGACGAUUCAAGCAAUGGUGGUUCUCAGCGGGCAUGAUAUUGGCUGUAAACGAGAUGCCCGAGGAUGGCUUUAUAGCGGAAUGGCUUUGCGACUUGCCUUUGACCUAGGGCUGCAUAUCGAUAUGUCACCACAUGUUGCUGAAGAAUCUAUUAGUGCAGCCGAGGCCGAGCUUCGAAGGAUAGUUUUUUGGGGAACAUAUACGACAGAUCACCUUUGGGGCUUUUUCCUCGGCCGACCUUUCAGAAUCAACAUGGAAGAUGUGACGGUCGAGAAACCUGGCCACCAUCUCAUCAGCGAUAGCGUCAGCAAAUGGAGCCCUUACGGACUAAUAGAGCCUGGAAUAAACGAUUCGACUACUGAUGUUUUACAACUAUUGAGCGAAUACCGAGUGAAAUUGUGUGAGAUAAUGGCUCCUUUAGGCCAUGCACUAUACGGAUGGUCACAAAUCCCAAGACGUACUCUUCAAUCACUAAGCGAAAGAUCUACAUCUAGACUUUUGCAAUGGAAGGAGGAUCUCCCUUUAAACCUUCAGGUCAACUUUGAUGAUACAAGUACAAUGUUUCUUCCCCAUGUUCUGUUACUCCAUAUGCAGUAUUACCAAGCUAUCAUUCAUAUUCAUCGACCGUGGAUGUCAAAGCACCUUGUGCAACCAGCGCAGCCGGCUCCUCCGCAGCGUAAAGGCUACAUUCACGCUCGACGAAUGUGCAUCGACUCCGGGAUAGCCAUUGCGAAGCUUCUCAAGAUCUAUGAGAAACAAUACAGUUUCCGAAGAAUGGACAUUCAGGCAGUCUCCAUAACCUGUUCCGCGGCCUUAAUGCUAAUAUUCGCCACUGUAUCCGAAACCAUCAGUAAUAAUCGAGUCCAGGAAGAAGAUCACAACUAUAAUACUUUUCUCGGUGUGUGCUUCCGGGCUUUGGAGGAAUUCAGCUCAUCAUGGGAAAGUUCAAAGCGAGCUCAAACAUUUCUGAUUAAUUUACAACGUCUAUGGGAAGCGAGAGCUAAUGCGUAUAAUUCGUCGAAACGUGAUUUAGCUCAGUCGCGUAGUAGACCCCAAUCACAAGCCCCAGGGCCAAAACGAUCUCGCAUGACUGGGGACUCUAACAUGGAGAAUCAGACAUCGCAGUCUGGAAUACAUCGAGCUUCUCAAGGCUACCCCAUGCUGCACUGCUAAGUAAAUGAACUCAAUGAAUGAAGAAGGGCCUGAAACGAUAGGGACACACGCCACUGGACCAUGUCCUUUUCGGUUGGAGUUGUAUUUACUGUUCUCCCAUGGCCAAUUAAUAGAUGUAUUAUAAUGAAC